AUGGCUGCAGACAAGGAGAAAAACUCAAUUCCAAACCUCGACCCCGGCGUUCAUGUGAGUGAAAUUAACAAUGGCGCACACAGACCUGGUAUUAGUAUGGCUGAGGUCGCAGAUUACUACUCAAAGUGGGCUGAACAAUACGACAGUGACAUCAAAAUGAGGUAUCUUGGUCCGUCUUACGCAUACAAGGCCUUGGCGGAGGAAUUCCCGCUCUCAACAACGGACCGAAAAAACAUCAGUAUUUUAGACGUCGCGUGUGGAACUGGACUUUUAGGAGAAAAGCUUUAUGAAGAGGGAUUUACCAAUUUAGACGGCCUUGACCCUUCUGAGAAGAUGUUGGAUGUGGCAAGGGCCAAAAAUAUAUAUAACACAUUAUACUGCGAGUUUAUGUCUGACGCCAAACUGCCGAUAGAUAAUGACAGGUACUCCUGCGUCAUGGUGUCAGGAGGGAUGGGAGAGGGUCACAUUCCUUGUGCUGCAGCAGCGGAAAUGAUUAGGAUAGUCAAACCGGGCGGAUUCGUCAUCAUUGCGAUGCGGGAAGCGUAUUUAUCAAAUGUCAAGGAUUAUGAUGGAAAACUUGAUAACCACUUUCUUAAACUGCAAGAUGAAGGGAGAUGGAAAAUGUGUUCACGAACUGUCGUACCGAAGUACUCGUUUGACAAUAAUGGAGUGAUAUAUAAAUUUCAGGUGUGUUCGAAGUAG